AUGAGUGGUUUUUGGGCAAAUAAUAAGGAUUCUAUUUAUUCUGGAUUAAAAACAGUUGGUAAAGCUGGUUAUAACGGUACUAAAACAGUAGCAAAAACUGGUUAUUCUGCAGGUAAGAAGCAUUAUAAGAACAGCAAAAGUCAAAGGGAUGGAACUACAAAACACAAGGAUGAUGAGGAUUAUUCUGGGGAAGAUGAAGACGAUAAUGAAGGCUAUAAGUAUACACCCCCACCAAACCGAUUACAAGAUCCUGCUUCGUUUCCUGCACCACCUAUUAGAGCAGGUCAAAAACAGUAUGGCCCUGAUGGGCAGGUGAUCGAGGCAACAACAGCAAUGGGGGGGCAAUUUCCAAACAACGCUGCAUCUCAACAGCCUCUACAACCACAAUAUCAGCAACCUUCACAGGUUCAGCAACCUUCACAGGGUCAGCAACUCCCACAACCUCAGUAUCAGCAACCUCCACAGGCCCAGUAUCAGCAAUCUCCACAACCACAACCUCAAUAUCAGCAACCUCCACAACCUCAGUAUCAGCAACCUCCACAGGCCCAGUAUCAGCAAUCUCCACAGGCCCAGUAUCAGCAAUCUCCACAACCACAACCUCAAUAUCAGCAACCUCCACAAGCUCAGUAUCAACAGCCUCUGCAGACACAGCAACCUCUUCAGGUAGAAACAAAUCAACGCUCUGUUCCGCCGCCUCCUCAACGAUCAGUACAACAAGCACAACAUUCUGUAAACCAAGCUCAAUACAAAAGUGCUGCACCGGUAGGAUCUCCUUCUUUACCACAGCAAUUUUUAGCUCAACCACCUGUAGCACAAGUACAAAAUCAGGAAAAUCAAUUGCAAAGUGAAGCAUCAGUUGAACUACCGUUUAAUUAUCCAACAAACCAAGCUCAACUUCAGCAUCAAAAUUUAACUCAACCUACUUUUUCACAGUCGCCGAUAACUGGAGAUAGUCCACAACCUGUAAAAACGCCAAGUAAUGAAGUACCUUUUGUACACCAACUACAAAAUCAACUACAAAAUCAAUCACAAGACAAACUUCUACAGCAACAUCCAGUUUCAAACAAUGAGACUGAAGCUAUAAUGAAUACUCCAAAUGUAGCAGUAGUAAAUAAUGUAAGCGAUCCGUCAACAUUUACACCGACCUAUACUGCUGUAAAUAGACAAGUACCGCAUCCAAGCGUUUAUGGAAAUACUGUUAGUGCUGAGUUUGUACCCUCAGCAGACGCAGUAUAUUCUACACAAGGUGAUGCUAGUUCAGUAGCAUAUAAUUCGGCUGUUAAUAUCACACCAUAUGAUCCAAGUGCUAGUGGUCAAGAACGUGACAGUAAGAGAAUUAAUAUUCCUUCAAUUGAUACGACAGCGCUACCACCACCUCCUACCCAUAAAGAUAGGGGAUUAAAUACUGUCAACAGUCCCACUGCGCAGUCUUUAACAUCCGCUUCUUUUAGCCAAGAAACUCCUAGAUCCAGUCCACCUAUAAAAAUGACCGAUAUCGAUAUCCCUGAUGAAUUAAAUGAAACUUUAAAUAAUUCAGGAACUUCACAAGAUGCUCAAAAGAGUAGUGAGGAACCUGAAGUAGAAAGAAUUGGCAUUGCCGGCUCAUACGAUAAUUUAGCUAAAGUCAAUUUUGCUCCACCUCCAAGACCAUAUAAUGCCGUAGUUAAUCAAGACAAGGCUCCUGCUGCUCCUCGUAAGAUCAAUAGCAGUGCUACAACUGCUCUACAAUUACCACAAAGAAGAACUGCUCCAAGUUUAAUAAGAAAAACAGAUAACCCAAUUACCCAAGAAACUAAACCGUCUAACCCUGUAAAAGAUUUUUUACCACCUCCAAAACCAUAUAGGGCCUCUCCAAUGGAUUCAGAUAAUUUAGAUAAAAAUAAGAGCGGUGUUUUGUCAUCAGGUGAUUCCAGGUUGGAUAAUAAACCUUCAUUCAAAGGUCUUCAACCUCCACCUCCAUCUCAUAACAUUUCUAUUAACAGUCUUACUCAUGUUGCUCCUGAGCCAAUUACAGCUUCGGAUGAUGGUAGUGAGAGUACUCCAACUAAUACAGGAAUUAAGUUGAGCUCCGAGAUACCUAUUUCCAAUUUUGCACCUCCACCAAAACCCUUCAGACAUGUAUCAACAGAUCCAUCGAAUGACAUUGAGAUUAGAAAAACCCCAGUAUUGCCAGUGACAAAUAACUCAAGAUCACGCCCUGGAAAGAAAGCUCCGCCACCACUUGUAAAACCAAAACCUAAGAAUUUGAAUAAAUCACUGAAUAGUGAAGUAUCUACUGAUCCUGAAAAUUCUGAUUCAAAAGAUAUUUACAAUAAAACGCAAUCCAGUGCUAAUAGUUCAGCCAUAGUUGAGGAUAGUGAAUUAUCACAAGUUUUGAAUAAAAUGAAGUUAAAGAAAACAGGCAGCAUAAAAAAUGUUCCUCCCAGCGCCAAUUCUUCGAUGAGGGAACAAACACAGAAAAAAUCCCCGCCAAUUAUCCCAAGAAAAAAGGAUACUUUAAAAACCAAGCCACCUGUUGUUCCAGCAAAGAAAGAAGCAUUAAAAUUACACAAUGAUCAGGGUUCUUCUGGGAAGGCAACUGAAUUCCCAGAAGAUAAUGAUGAUGAAUUUAACCCAUUUCAAAAAUACUUAAAGCAAGCCGUUCCAGUUGAAAAUGACCGGUUACAUAAAUAG